AUGGGUUGUUUCAAGAAUAAGUACAAAAGCAAUGAUGCUGCUAUUAUCGCAGAAAUGUAUUACAAAAAUAAUCUUCAAAUGCUUUUUGGACCAGCUUGUGACAGUGACUUAAAUAUUGUUGGAAGGCUAACAAAAGAGUGGAAUAUUUUACAGUUCAGUUUUGGCAAUGAACAUUUCGACAAUGAUCACAGUUCCGUUGUGCAGACAUCAACUAUUUCAACAUUGAAUGCCGCAUUCAAUUUGGUUGCAUUUUUUAAAAUAAUGAGUUGGGAUAAGGUAGUAUUAAUUUGGUCAGUGAUAGCAUUUGAUGACGAAUAUACCACCAAACUGAAAAUUGCAAAUAUUCGGACGGUGUUCAAAUUAAACGGUAUUUCUCUACUAAACGAUAUUCAUGUAAAUACAUCGGAUACAACUCGAUCACUAGUGGAUGUUUUAAUGGAAAUCAAAAACACUUCCAGAAUUUGGAUUCCUAUAUUUGGAUAUUAUCUUCAUGACUAUAUAGAAUUUUUGGCAGCUGUAAAACAACUUAGCCUUGAUCCAACUGUUUAUGUUACUGUGCUUUUGGAUUUCGUCCUUGUCAACAAUUAUUAUUCAUCACACAAUUUAUCAAUUAUAAGGCGCAACAUUCCAGCUGAUGCCAAUGAUCUAACAAUUAUAUUAUACACUCAGCUCUAUGAAUCAGGAUGGUUAUAUUCCACAAUCCUUCGGAAUACUUUACAAACAUCGCAAAAUUUCAGUCAAUUUAAAGGAUUAGAAUCACUAAUUGACACCGUUAAAAGCAGUCAUUUCUUGGGACCAUUUGGCACAAUAUGGUUAAACCAAUAUACAGUUCGGCUGACUCCAUUUCAAGUUAAAUAUGUUGAGGUAUUUCAAGAAGAACCAGUUGGCAUCGCCGAUUUAUUUCUGACACAGGAAUGUGACCAGGACAAGAUUAGAAAAAAAGGAGCUAGUCGACGCUGUAUUACCUUGACUGGUAAAAUAACCAAUUAUAAUACAACUAUAACAAAGCAUUUUCCAGUGGAUAUGCCUCUAUGCGGUUUUGAAGGAGAGAUGUGCGAUUAUACGGGAUCUAUGUUGAAAAUCUCUCUAAUGAUAACGGCAUUUUUUUUGUUAUCUUGCGCCUUUUUCGUUUAUCGGAAAUCAAAAAGUGGUGAAACAUCACAAAUGCCAUGGGCGAUCCCUUAUCAGCUCCUCAAAUUUGUUAAUAUCGAGGCAUCUUCGAUGAUGUCCGUGCAAAGUCUACAGCAGCAAAUGGAGUCAAAGAUAAAAUUGAAAGAUUUGUUGCGUUCACGAGAGUUUGCUAUGACCGAAUUUGGAGCAGUGAUUGUAGAGCCGUAUGCACUCAAAGCGGGGCUUUUUUUCGAUAAUUCCGAUGUAGCACUUCUUCAUCAGAUGAAACAACUGGUACAUGAUAAUAUCAAUCAAUUUGUUGGGAUAUGCUUAGACAAACGGACUGAAUUUUAUGCAAUUUGGAAUCACUGUUUUCGUGGAACAUUAGCUGACUUGAUGUUUUUUAAUGCUACUACUAGUGCAAAAAAUAAGUUAAGCAGUGAUAACGAGAUUGGUCCAGCAUUUCAAGAAAAUUUUAAGCGAGCAUUUGUUCGUGAUAUUAUUCGGGGUCUGGAAUUUUUGCAUUCCUCGACAAUUGGUUAUCAUGGUUCACUAACUCCGUCACAAUGCCUCAUCGACAGUCGCUGGAUCCUGAAACUCUCUGGAUUUGGUCUGUCGAAAUUACUGUAUAAAUGGAGAAUAAAGGGCUCUAUAAGUGCUAAAAACGGAAUGUGGUUAAUUUCAAAUUCAGAUUUACACUAUUAUUCGCCAGAAAUGCGUCGCUUCCUCAAAAAUAUGAGUAAGGGUUCGAUAACAUUCAACGCUAAGCAAGCACGGGCUGCUGAUAUAUAUGCAUUUGGAAUUAUAUUAUAUGAAAUUGUCUUUCACAGGAAGUUGAUCAUACUCGAUGAUAAUCAUUAUGAUAUCGAAACAGUGAAUGAAGAUACUUUAAGCAUUUUUUGUGAGUCAGUUGAAGCGCUUAUUCCGCCUUAUCCAUCUAUCCCGGGAAACAUUGAAGUACAUCCGGACCUGCUUGGGCUAAUGCACAAAUGCUGGUCUGGAAUUAUUGAUCAGCGUCCUGAAGCCACACUAGCACGCAAAAUUACUGAUGCUACAUUAAAAAUAUCGGGCAGUUUAGUCGAUCAGAUGAUCAAAAAUCUCGAGCAGUAUACGAACAAUUUGGAGAAAUUGGUGAAGGAACGGACGCAGCAAUUAGAAGAAGCGCAAGAGCACGCGGAACGUUUGCUUCUUGAACUAUUACCUAAAUCAGUGGCUGAUGAGCUGAAAGUAAGUCGUCGGGUCGAUCCGAAGAAUUACAAGUCAGCAACAGUGAUGUAUUCAGAUGUUGUCGGUUUCACAUCGCUUUGCAGUGAUAGUUUACCGAUGGAAGUGGUGACACUGUUGAGCGGUGUUUUUCAAAAGUUUGAUAUAAUUAUAUCGCAGCACCAAUGCUAUAAGGUGGAAACAAUUGGAGAUGCAUAUAUGGUGACAUCUGGAGUACCAAUUACUAGUCGACAUAACCACGUUCGAGAUAUUGCUUCUGUUGCAAUUAUAAUGAGAGAUUUCCUAUCCGAAUAUGAAAUACCGCAUAGACCAGGACAAAAGCUGCAUUGUCGCUGGGGUUUCAACACAGGGCCUGUGUUCGCUGGAGUUGUUGGUUUAAAUGCACCGAGAUACUGUGUUUUUGGCCAGACGGUGACAUUGGCAGCAAAAAUGGAAAAUAGUGGUUUGCCGGAUAAAAUCCAGAUCAGUUUGAAAAGUUAUCAACUUCUGACAGCUCGAUAUCCGGAAUUUAAAUGCUCACCGCGAGGAGGAGUUCGAAUUGAUGGAAUCGGCACAUUGCUCACUUAUUGGUUGGACGAUUGUGAAGAACUGCUGGCAUCGAGUCGCUCAGUGAUUGGAAGUGACCGUUAG